AUGGCGAUUGCUGACCAGCAAAGAAGAGAGAAGCUGAAAAAGAAGAUAGCCAGGUGCGAAGAGGAAAUGAGUGUGGGUAAAACUGCCUCCCGAUCCAGUUCAAGAGAGAGUGGAAGGCUGCUCCCAUCCUCUCAUGGAAAGAGUUUCUUGCAACCAGAAGACAAAGACGGUCUCUUCCCCUGUGCUCGGCAGGCACAGUACCUCUCAAGAGCGCUGUCUCCGUACGGUGGGCAAGGCUUGGUUCACUCCAGUCCGGUAAAAUAUGCCAGAAAAGAUUCUCGGAAUACAUCUAACAAAUUUAACUCGAACUCAAGUGUCAGUACAUCAAGUACACCAAGAAAAUGCUCUGGACUUUCAUGCAGUUGCUCCACUGAUAGUUUUGCGAGCAUCAGUCAUUCCCAAAGGCGUCAAGGAAAAAACUCAAGAGUAUGCAGUGGGGAUCUUCUAGACAGGCACUCUGAAUUCUUUACUGAUAGGCAGAAACCUUUUACUCCACGCACCUUAAUAUCAGACGCUAAAUCUUUCCUGUCAGAGUACAGGUACUACACUCCUGCUCGAAGGAAAAGGAGAAAUCACUGCAAGCAGCAUGUAGAAGCUCAAACGCAGACUGAUGUUAUCAGCUUUCCAUCUGCAGAUGAAGUGUCUGAGAGAGAAAUUACGUCUGAAGAGCAGAAGAUCACGUUGAAGGCUGAAGAUAGAAGGUAUACUGUGGAGGAGCCUGAGAGAGGAAUAGCUGCUUUUCCAUACUCCUUUCUAAGAGAGACGACCUUGUAUUCUCAGCAAUCUUCAGCAAGGGGGACUAUUGAGGCUGAGUAAGACUCUCUUAGUUUUUUAGCUUUCAUUGAAGAUAUAACAAACGAAAUUCUUAACCUUGGACUAUUUUCUGACAGGGUUCUGGAACAACUGUUCGAGUGUCAUAUAGAAGAAAAUAAGAACCGUUUAGAUGAGAGCAAAAUGCGCCACUUGUUGGAUGUACUGAAAGCAGACCUCGGCUGCAGCCCGGGCACCGCUGCAGAGCAAACCCACACCAGCUGGGAUGCCCUGGAAUCGCUAGAUCUGCAAGAGUUCGAUAUGCUGGAGGAGUUUGAGUUUACUGGUAAAAGUCAAAGAAAAGCUACAAAAAGUGAAUUCUUUGGGACCAUGGACUUAUCGUUCAAGGAACCAAACAUACUUGAGUCACCAGUAUGCAGGGAAAGUUCAAAGGAGUCACAGAGCAAGAAUGACUUCUCAGAAGAUGUUGCUGAAAUGAUGGAUGCUGGGACAGAGUCUGGUUCUUGUGUGAAAUGUGAAGAUGACCCAGACACUUCACCCUCCUGUGAGGCGAUUUUAAAUGUGAUUACUUGUGACAGUGAUUUGGAAGCCAACAAGGAACUUGAUGAUCUUGAGGAAAACUUUGCAGAGGCCCUUCAUAUCUCACAUGACUAUUCAUAA